GGCAGACGAUUGUCGAACGCCGCUCCGUUCGAAUAUUUCGAUUCUUUACCGGAUAUUGAUAUUCUAUUCCACGAAAUCGAACGCGUGUGUGUAAUAUACGCGUCUCAAAGUGCACGGAACGACUGUACGUAUUACCUCUCUUCUUAUUUUCUUAAUCUUUCCUUAAUCUUUCCUUUUUUUGUUUAUUUUUUAUACUUUGAUUUCUUUUUUUCUCCGUUUUCUUCUCUCUUGUUCUAUUCUUUAUUCUCUUCUUAAUUUGCAACCUCUUUCUCCCUCUCGUAGCCCUUGAUUUGAGAUUUUCGUUGUUGCUUAUCGAACGUCUUUUACGCGCCCGCAGCGCCAGGCCCGCGUUUUCGAACGAUGAAAAUGUGGGUGGUAGCAGCUGGCUUUAAUCGGCGCCCGUGUGGGUACUGGUUCGACUUAUACGCACGCCUAUAACGGAAUGCGUCUAAUCAAUCGACGUCGUCCGGGAGACGUCUAGCUUUCGAAGGCUGUAAAGAAAGGAGAAAAUCAUUCAAGCGAGAAGAGUGUGAGAAAAGAUAUAACAAGAGCGAUAGAGGAGAAGAAGAGAGAAAGGGUAGGAGAAAAGAAAAUGAGGCUAUAUAUAUUAUAUAUAUGUAUGAAUAUAAAAAAAGUAUAUAUGGUGAGAGAGGGACAGAAGGAAGAAGAGAGAAGCAGAAAUAGAUAGGAAUUAGAAGAAGCAGGGAGAGAGAGGGGAGGGAGAGUGAGUGGGAGAGUGAGCGUUUAUUUUAGAGAUUUACCCGCUUUCUAUAAACUCUGUUUAUUCAAGUCGGCCUCUUUUUAUUCUUUCUUUCUUUUUUUUCUUUUCGCUAUAUCUUUUCAUUGUAAACAGCAUGCCCGAAUCGCCAGCGCCCACCGCCACCGUCGUUUUGUCGUCGCCUUCUCGACCUCUUUCCAGUCCGCCUUCUCGAACUCCCACUCCGCCUCAUUCGUCAUCCUCUGGACAGCCGACUAGUGCUAAUCAACAGCUGCCUCCCGCUUGUGGAGCUAAGCAACUCAGCAAGCUCAAGCGCUUCCUCACCACCCUUCAGCAGUUCGGAAGCGAUAUUUCACCGGAAAUUGGAGAGCGUGUUCGAUCGCUCGUUUUGGCUCUCGUUAACUCGCAUCUGUCCAUAGAAGAAUUUCACAACAAACUACAGGAGGCUACCAAUUUCCCACUAAGACCAUUUGUUAUACCUUUCUUAAAGGCCAACCUGCCCCUACUGCAGAGGGAAUUGGCGCAGUGCGCUUCCUUAGCAAAGCAGACGCCCCAGCAGUAUUUUGCUCGACACCAUCACGUCCUUCUCUCAGACGGUCUGGAGGGUAGUGUAGUUGAACAGUUAAACGAAAAUGGCAAGCGGCCGUCGCCUGAUAAGACGAAAGAAGAAGCGCCGUCGACGAAACGACACUGCAAUUCAUCGCCUACUUCCAUCAAUUUGCCUAUAGGAGGAGGACCAAUACGUCUAGAGGACAUAAGUCUAUCAAGGGAAUUGCGUGAGAGAGAAAUGAGCCAGAUGAGAGAGCGAGUGGAACGUGAGCGUCGCAUGGGUUCGUUCAAUACCCUCUUCGCCAACGCCCGCCACGACAUUUUCGAAGAUGAGUUCAAGCAUGUUGAGCACAUGCUACAUUGCCUCUCCGAUAUGGUCGAUAAGACAAAACGAGCGGUCUCUGGCCUUCAAGAAAGAGUUAACAGAGAGAGAGAAGAUCUCUUUGCAUGGCUCCGACGAUCGGAUAUCGAUAAGAAGACGGUCGAUCCUCUGAUACUCAGGCAGACAGAGGAGCGAGUGGCUGAUGUAAAGAAAAGAGCGGAAGAGGCCGUAAACGAAGUGAAACGUCAAGCGGUAGCGGAACUACAGAAGGCAGUGUCGGCUGCCGAAAGCAAAGCUUCAGAACUCGUUCACGCGGAAAGGGUAAAGCUGGAACGAGCUUUAGCCGACGCUCGCAAACAAGCGACGCAAGACGCACUCACCAUGCUUAAUCAACAAGAAGAAUCUAAUGAGGUAAGCGGUGAAGGUCACAUCACUCAAUGCAACCGAUUCGAUUUUCGCCAACAGUCCUGCUGGAAUUGCGGAAGAAAGGCAAGUGAAACGUGCAGUGGCUGCAAUGUUGCCCGUUAUUGCGGUGCGUUCUGUCAACACAAAGACUGGGAAUUACACCACAGAGUUUGCGGACAAUCGAACGUUUCCCGACAUUCGCAGGCGAUCGCAUCGGCAACAGCAGAUUCUCAAACGCCUCGUCCUAAGUCGAGGACAUCGAGUCCCACGCCAUCUAGCGCUGUUGAAUAACGAUGGAUAUAUCAUCUUAACUUCACUCCUUCCUUCUAUUUCUUCUUUAUCUUCUUCUUCUUCUUCUUCUUCUUCUUCUAGUCCUUGCCCUGCCCUUCUCCCAUGACGACCCUCGCCCUACCCAUUUUCGGUUUGUUUUCUUUUUCUGUUGAAUCUGUGAUAUUGUUAUUAUAUACCGUCUCGGUUUAUGUAAAGGAAAAAGGCAAGAUGAAUAUGUAUAUAUAUAUAUUUAUGUAUAUCGAAAUGUUUAUAUAUACAUAUGCAUAGCGUAUAGAUGUCGCGCGGCUUGUGCUUUAGAUCUGGUUUAAAAGUAACCUGAUGUUUUACAAUUAUAUAAUAUUUAAGUUUAUAUUCGUA